GCCAAGCGUUUUCGGUUCUCGGAGGAGCCGGGCCUGGGAGCUGAGGGGGCCGUGCUGGAGGUCCGCGUCCCGCAGGUCCUGCAUCUUCAAUAUGGAAUGUAUGUUUGGCCCUGUGCUGUGGUCCUGGCCCAGUACCUGUGGUUUCACAGAGGAUCUCUGCCAGGAAAGGCUGUCUUAGAGAUUGGAGCUGGAGUGAGCCUUCCAGGAAUUAUGGCUGCAAAAUGUGGUGCUGAAGUAAUACUGUCAGACAGUUCAGAGCUGCCUCACUGUCUAGAGAUCUGUCGGCAAAGCUGCCAAAUGAAUAACCUGCCUCAGGUGCAUGUUGUGGGACUCACAUGGGGUCACGUAUCUCGGGAUCUUCUGGCUCUACCACCACAAGACAUUAUUCUUGCAUCCGAUGUGUUCUUUGAACCAGAAGACUUUGAAGACAUUUUAACUACAGUUUACUUUUUGAUGCAGAAGAACCCCAAGGUCCAGUUGUGGUCUACUUACCAGGUAAGAAGUGCUGACUGGUCACUUGAAGCUUUGCUCUACAAGUGGGACAUGAAAUGUGUCCACAUUCCUCUGCAGUCUUUUGGUGCAGACAAAGAAGAUAUAGCAGAAUCUGCCCUUCCAGGAAGACAUACUGUUGAAAUGCUGGUCAUCUCCUUUGCAAAGGACUGUCUCUGAAUUAUACCUAAAAGCUGUUUUGGGACAAUGUCAAUACUGAUUAGCAACCUGGGAAAGCCAACUGUGUGACUCAGACCACUUCAGCUUGAGUACAGUGGAUCUGAAGAUGGUCAGAUCUGUUGGCUUUAGAUUGUGAUGGGUCACAUAACCAUUAAAACAAAAAUUAAAACUCCUAUAAGAA